AUGUACCAUCUAACAUCCAUCUUAGUCUUCUCCUUGCUCUCGAUUUCGACCAGAGUCGAUGGGUCCCAUCAGGAUCCCUUAACUGUAACCACUACUUCCGGGUUGAUCCGGGGUCGUGCAAGGAUCGUCCUGGGACGUGAGGUACACGUGUUUACCGGUAUACCAUAUGCCAAACCGCCGGUUGGUCCUUUGAGGUUUAGAAAACCGGUUCCUGCAGAACCUUGGCAUGGGGUUCUGGAUGCCACACAUCCUCCUAAUUGUUGCGUCCAGGAGAGAUAUGAAUAUUUUCAGGUGGGGGGUAAAGGAUUUAUUUGUUAUGUGUUUUUUUUUGUUUUGAUAUUGCUAACUUUAGUGGUGACUGAAGUCGGUCUUGUAGUUGUUAGGUUUUAG